GCGUGUGUGCCUUUCCCCUAUCACGAGGUAAACUGAAUUGGAAGCAGAAUUGGAAAAUAUUACAUGCUGAACAAGACCCAGUGACAUCAAGGACUAUACAUUUACUAGCUAUUACAUUAUUAAUUUGCCAUAACUGUGAUUUAUUGGUGCUUUGAAUUUAUAAUAAGUAUCACUCUCGUUGUUUUCGCGCGGCGCGCUCAUUCCAUCUUGAGAGACAUCGUAGUGGUUCCAUUGGGUUCAACUUUCACAUCUGGCUCAAUUUCUGGACGAAUAAUUGCUUGCAAUUAGGCUACGUCCUGCAUUCCAGGUGUACAUGCAGAUAUGAAGAAUAGAGACUACAUUUUUCAAUGUCUAUUAAUCUGCCUCUCACUGACGCUCCUCUGGCAAACGAGGCCGGUGAUUGCUGAUCCUACGACAGAUGCCUUCAAGAACAACAUCACUCUCUUCACACGGAUCCUUGACAGACUUCUAGAUGGCUAUGAUAAUCGCCUUCGACCCGGCCUUGGGGAUCGUAUAACAGAGGUGAAUACCAAUGUCUACGUCACCAGCUUUGGCCCAGUUUCAGAUACAGACAUGGAAUACACAAUAGACGUGUUCUUCCGGCAAAGCUGGAAAGACGAGAGGUUAAAAUUCGACGGGCCCAUGAACAUACUGCGGCUGAACAACUUGAUGGCCAGUAAAAUAUGGACGCCAGACACGUUCUUCCAUAACGGGAAGAAGUCGGUGGCUCACAACAUGACCAUGCCCAAUAAACUACUGAGGAUUCAAGACGAUGGCACCCUGCUUUACACCAUGAGGUUGACGGUUCACGCAGAGUGUCCGAUGCAUCUGGAGGACUUCCCCAUGGACUUCCACUCAUGUCCCCUGAAGUUUGGCAGCUAUGCCUAUACAAUGUCAGAGGUGACUUACGUCUGGACCAGUAAGGCUGCUGACUCUGUGGUGGUGGAAGGAGAGAGCUCCCGCUUGAACCAGUACGACCUGCUUGGCCAAACAGUGGGCCAAGAAACCAUCAAGUCCAGCACAGGCGAAUACACUGUCAUGACGGCACAUUUCCAUUUGAAGCGGAAGAUUGGCUACUUUGUGAUCCAGACUUAUCUACCAUGCAUCAUGACCGUCAUCCUCUCCCAAGUGUCCUUCUGGCUGAACAGAGAGUCCGUGCCAGCUAGGACUGUGUUUGGUGUAACCACUGUCCUGACAAUGACCACCCUGAGUAUAAGUGCUCGUAACUCCCUCCCCAAGGUGGCCUACGCCACGGCCAUGGACUGGUUCAUCGCUGUCUGCUACGCCUUUGUCUUCUCCGCCCUCAUUGAGUUUGCCACCGUCAACUACUUCACAAAGCGCGGCUGGGCCUGGGAUGGGAAGACCAUUGUGAAUGACAAGAAAAAAGAGAAGGCCUCCGCCAUGACGAAGAACAACGCAUACGCCGUGGCGGUGGCCAACUACGCGCCCAACAUCAACAAGGACUCUGGGUUGUCCACCAUCGCCAAGGGCGGCGAUGCUGACCCCAACAUGGCGGUUGGCAAGGUGGGUGGCAAAGCGGACCCAAAGAAGACUUUCAACAGUGUGAGUAAAAUCGAUAGGAUUUCAAGGAUUAUGUUCCCGGUCCUGUUUAGCAGCUUCAAUUUAGUCUACUGGGCUACAUACUUAAACAGAGAACCGUAUAUAAAGGAUAUGGUGCCCUCAACCUAGAGGUCUCUCCCUCCUGCAUUGUAAUAUAUCCGAAUUACGGGACUAAAAGACUUACCAAAUAUGACUAGUAUCUGCUAACUCUUGGUUCGUUGGUACAAGACAGACAAGCCCUGGAUUGCUUUCUCUCCCUCUGUCCUGUUUUUUUCUACACCACAUUCUGCAGUGCUUUUGGAAAGAACUGCCUUUGUAAAUAUACAUGUAUUUAUAGUCAUGACUUGUGUGUUUGGUUAUAUAAACAAUACAUUUAUUUUAUUUAUUCUUAUGGUUUUAUUGACCAGUGAUGUCUACAUGUUUGAAAAGUCUACGAAAGGAACCUCGAGAUGUUUAUUUGCAGAAUCGAGAGAUUUAAGUCAAAAAGUUGUAAAACAUUGUUUGUUUUUUAUAUUUCUUAUGUUUACUUUUUUGUGGGCUAACGAUUUUAUAUUUCUCGUUUACCAGUGAUUUCUCAAUUAUGGUAUGAAGUUAUCUUUUUCUAUACAAGCCAAUGCAAAAAAGAGGAAUCUUUUUUUAAAUGCUUUUGUUGUAUUGCAAUGUAACUUAUUAUUGUUAAACAAAAUAUCGACAUAAGCAAAACAAAGCAUACUGUGUAAUAAUGUUUCAACUUGAUUAUUAUUUUACAUUUGUACAUACUACACUGAAGGCGGCUGCCAUUUUCCUAAAUCAAAACAGCACUGAACUGUGCAAAAGAAAGACCACAUGAAAUACAGCAGCAUGGUAAUCUACUGCGCUGUUUAUUUUGUAACCUUUCUUUCAUGAUAUACAUGUAUUGGAGAAGGUGAUAUUAUGUACCAGAGCAAGACAAUGCGUUAAUACACAUUUACACACUACUCAAUCACUAGCUAGAGUUAUCAAAACUCAUGUGAAAAUGUCACGUCACCUUU